UGAACACAUUGAGCACAACACACAAAAUCAAGGCAAAGCAGAUCAGCUUAUUCGGCUUUGCUUCAUCAAAAGAAAGUAAGAGACGAAAGGGAAAUUGAGAGUGAUGGAGGUGAUUGAUGUUCUUCGCAUGAAUGGAGGGAUUGGAGAUACAAGUUAUGCAAACAACUCAUUGGUUCAGCAAAAGGUGAUACUAAUGACCAGGCCAAUAACAGAAGCAGCCAUUACUGAUCUCUACUGCAGCCUCUUCCCCAAAAGCAUCAGCAUUGCAGACUUGGGAUGUUCAUCUGGACCUAACACUUUUCUGGCAGUUUCUGAGCUUAUCAAAACUGUCGAGAAGAAACGCAAAAUUUUAGGACAAAAAUCUCCGGAAUAUCAUGUAUAUCUGAAUGAUCUUCCUAGCAAUGAUUUCAACACCAUUUUCAAGUCUGUGCCACGGUUUCAAGAAAAUCUGAAGCUGCAGAUGGAAUCAGAGUUUGGACCAUGUGUUUUCGCUGGAGUUCCUGGUUCAUUCUACCAAAGGCUCUUCCCCGCCAAAAGUCUUCAUUUUGUUCACUCUUCGUAUAGUCUUCAAUGGCUAUCCCAAGUCCCUGAAUUGGAAGAGGUUAACAAAGGAAACAUUUACAUGGCAUGUUCAAGCCCUCCAAGUGUGAUAAAGGCAUACAUCGAUCAGUUUGAGAAGGAUUUCUCGACUUUCCUGAGCUGCCGAGCAGAAGAAUUGGUAACUGGUGGCGGCAUGGUUUUGACAAUUUUGGGGAGAAAAAGUGAAGAUCCUUGUAGCAAGGAUGGUUGCUACAUUUGGGACCUUUUAGCUCUGGCCCUCAAGCAGAUGAUUUCUGAGGGCCUAAUUGAAGAAAAGAAACUAGAUUCAUUCAAUAUCCCACAAUACACACCAUCACCUGCAGAAGUAAGAUCACUUGUUGAGAUGGAAGGGUCUUUUACGGUUGAUCGUCUCGAGGCAACUGAGAUACAUUGGAAUGCACAUGAUAGUGAAUAUUUUGAAUUUGAUGAAUUCAAGGAUGGUGGCUAUAAUGUUGCCAAAUGCAUGAGAGCUGUGGCUGAACCCUUGCUUGUUAGUCACUUUGGUGAGGGAAUAAUAGAAGAAGUGUUCUCCAGGUACAAGAAAAUACUUUCUGAUCGCAUGUCCAAAGAGAAGACUCAGUUCAUCAAUGUGAUUGUCUCUCUGGCUAAAAGGGCAUGAUAAUAUGCAAUGUGUUCCCCUAAGAACCACACCUUGACAAUGGUUUGUUAUGAAAUUUCUUUGCCUAUACUUGCAAAGAAGCAGUCAAAAGGGACCCGAAAAGGGGGUCCAUUGUUAUGCUGUACUCUAGUCGUUCAUUUUUCGUGCAAUAAAAGAUUAUUGUCGAUUGCUGUUGUUGUAUUGGUAAAACAAUGUCUUUUACCAAUUUGCUUCGUAGAUGUAUUAAACAUAAUGAAAAAAAUCUUACCAUUGAUCUUUGAGAUUA